AAGAAGCGAUAGAGGAGAAGGAGACAGCGGGAGAGAAGGCAUGUCACCUUUUCCUGCACCAAAUAAUGGUGAAGGCCAUUAGCCCACGUACCGACACGACGCGGAGCUCCGGUGCAGCCAUAAAUAGGGGGUGAUCUCUUCUCCCACUCCCCCCAUCUCCCCUUCCGCUUCCACACGUUGAUCUCUUCUCUCCUGUUCCUGUCUCCUUCGCUCGAUCAUUUCUCUUGCCACGCCUUGUUUAAUUUCCCUUUCUCCCUUUUCCUCCUCAUUUCAAGCUGAGAUACUUUCUGUACUCAUUCAUCUUAAAGGGAUAACCACACACACAUUUCCUUGUUCAUCCGCUCCUCUCUCUCUCUCUCCAUGGAAGUGGAAUUAGAGGCCUAUGAUCUUAACCUGGAGCUAGCACUGCAGCCGAUGUCUCCGCCUGAGCCACAACGGUUCUUCUCCUGCCACUACUGCAACAGGAAGUUCUACAGCUCACAAGCGCUGGGCGGCCACCAGAACGCUCACAAGCUGGAGAGAAGCCUUGCGAAAAGGAGAAGGGAGAUGCCCACCGCAGUCGGCCCGCAUGCCGGCAUGAGUCUUGCGGGAGUUGGUGAUGGCUCGGCCUUUGGCCGGCAUAGCAUGGUGGAGUUCAUGAAAGAACACUACUCCCGCCAUGAUGUCGGUCUCGGAAAGGUGACGACCGUAGCUUGGAGGGAGACCACCGAGCAGAAAUGGUGGGGGUUUUACGGACCUUUGGAGGACAAAGGCAAGACUGCGGAGGAGAUAGACUUGUCGCUGAAACUAUGAAUCCUACUCGCAGCUUUUUCCGUCUUCUGCUUCUGCUCUAAAUCGACAGGUCCACAAGAGUUCUCGAGCUGGGUUUUCUCAUGUCCUUGGACGUCUACGAGUACCAUAAUAUGCUCUCUUUCUCUCAGUAAAUGGAUAUUCUUGCAGUGUCAAUGGUUUGAUAGCAAUGAUUAGAGUCCUUUUGCAUAGACAAUGUAGAUUCCUAGUACCAAAA